AUGCCUCCUGCGCAGGAAACCAACGCAUCAAAUUCUCCUAGCGUCCAUCACUCGACGAAUGGCAAAUCAUCCCUAGCAACAGCCUCGUCUGACGCGCAUAGAGGAACCCUCGAUAUGGAAAGCCACCCCAAACCCAUCACACCUACGUCUUUCCCAUCACUCACUGGCUUACGUUCGAGUGCUAUCGCAGGAACCAUCCAAUCUGUUUCGAUAGACUCUAAGCUAAGGGCUCAAGAUCUGCAAGACACUGUACGGCGCAUCGGCGCGUCUCCUUCCGCAGCCAUCCAAGCUGCCUGGGCCGCUCUAUUGCUUGCGUACACCGACUCAAAAGAUGGCGUCGCGUUUGUCGCCACGUUACGAAAUGAACCAUCUUCAAGCCUAGGAUCAUCUACCAAUGCAUUACGCAAGUCAUUCGAAGACUUUUGCUCAUGCAGUUCGGAUGAGAUCUACAGCAAAGAUGCGUGCAUGGUACUUCGACGACUGACCGAUCACAAUUUAAACCAAUCACACGACGAGAUAGCGAAUGUAUCCAGGGAGUCGCAGAAGUUCCAGCAAACAAACGGUACACAUCUGAUACUCGAUCAUCUUUCAGCCUCACCGAAUGCCGAGGUCUUUCUUCAACACCAGAGUAACAACAAUACAGAUUUCAAUCAAAGCGUCUCUAUCGAGGUAUCACUCACCUCGAAAGGGUUGCUUCGGCUUUCAGCUACAUUCACCGAUGCCACCCUUGAUGAUGAAGCUGCCUUGUUGACGCUAAAACAUCUUGAUUCCUUAUUACAAGCCAUCAUUUCAGAACCAUGCCUCACUAUCAGUCACGCCUUCUCGAAGAUUGCAGUUUCAUCGCUAUCAAUAUCCAACCCCAAGCCUGAGCGUCUUCCUUCGAUAAGUUCCUUUCAAUCGCAGUUUGAAGAAUUCGCAAGAACGAAUCCUGAACUUGUGGCCUUGGACUUUAGACGGAAUCUGCUUGCUAGAGAUUCUGAGGGGAACAUCAAGUGGACGUAUCAGCAGCUCAACGACAAGGCCGAGGCCUUUGCAGAUACGCUUUUCCACAACUAUGGAUGGCUUGCAAACAACGUUGUACCGAUUUGCAUGGACCGCUGUCCAGAGAUCUAUCUCGCCAUUCUCGGCAUCCUCAAGGCAGGAGGGGGCUGGUGUCCUAUCGAUCCUUCAUUUCCUUCCAGACGCCGCCAUGAUCUCAUCGUACGGACGGGUGCUCAGAUGCUGGUGACUAACAGUGAUCGCCUUGAUGGUGUCCCUAAGGGCGUGAGUCUGAUGAACAUCGCCACACCAAAAGACACUAGUGUGCAGAAACGCGUGAUUAAACCAACUCAGCCUGAUGACCUUGCAUACCUGAUCUGGACCAGUGGGACGACAGGUGAGCCAAAAGGCGUACCGAUACACGUAGAGGCUGCCGUAACUGCUAUGAAAGCUCUACAGAAAUCUAUACCCACUGAUGUUAGCGAGGGCGUCAUCCGCUGCCUCCAAUUUUCUCAGUUCACGUUCGACGUCUUCGUCCAAGAUUUAUUCUACACAUGGGGAGUGGGCGGUACUCUUGUUUCAUCAGAUCGCUCGACAAUGCUUGGUUCUUUUGCAGAUCUCGCCACGACGACCGGGGCAACGCACGCCCAUCUCACACCAGCAUUUGCAGCAAGCUUGCCAAGAGACUGCUGUCCCACCCUUCAAGUCAUCACCAUGAUUGGCGAGAAACUAACACAGAAUGUCGCUGAUGAUUGGGGUCGAAAUAUGCGUGCGUUCAAUACCUAUGGCCCUGCGGAGACAACGGUAGUCUCGACUUACAAACGAUUUGGAGGUCCGGAAGACAGGGUACAGAGUGCUAAUGUCGGGUUGCCCCUGCCAUCCGUCACCAUCGCGGUCAUGAAGAACGGCAAGCCCAUGAUGACAAAUGGAAUUGGAGAGCUAGCGCUUGGAGGCCCACAAGUAUCCAAAGGCUACUGGAAAGAUCCUGGGAAAACCUCCGAUCGUUUUGUCUGGAGCGAAGCAUUGUCUAUGACACUCUACAUGACUGGUGAUAUUGUGCGCAUGUUACAUGACCAGACGAUCGAAUUUGUCGGCCGUACAGAUGAUCUAGUCAAGAUUCAAGGUAUUCGUGUCGAACUGAGCGAGAUCGCCUUCUCUCUUCGCUCUUGUCAUCCUCAAGUCCAGCAGGUAGAGGUACAAUACCUCGACAGGCUUGAUCGCCCUUCAAAGCUCAUCGUAGCUUUCUUUGCUCCACAGAGUUCGGGUGAUUCAUGCGCUAGUCUCAUGACGAACGAUCAGGCUGUAGAGAUUGCACAGGCUGCCAAACGAGAAGCAAAGUUGGAUCUACCUGAAUACAUGAUACCUCACGUCUUCCUGGUCCUUGGUAGUAUACCCCGCACCCCUUCCAAUAAGAUCGAUCGGACAGCGCUGAAGGAUCUUUACGCCUCCGCAGACCUUGGGCCAUGGGAGGCUAAGUUGUCAUCAACGACGAGCGCUCGGGGAGAUACGGCAGCAUGGACUCGAGAAGAAGCACUGGUUCUGGACCGUAUUUCGCAUCUCACCGGUACUUCAAUAGAAGCCAUAGCAAGGGCAAGUACGCUGCCCUCCACAGGAAUCGAUUCGAUUAGUGCCACCAGGCUAGUGACAGUACUCAACGUCAACGGGUCCGACAUCUCCUUGGCUGAGGUUCUAAGAUGUCAGGAUCUGGGUGAGUUCUUGGUAUUGGCUCGAUCACAAUCCUCGAAGGUCAGGCAGAACUCGUUUGAUGUUGAUGCUUUCAGCAGACAAUGGCUUGCCUGUGUCGAGCCCGAAAUCGACGGUGCUAUUGAGUAUGUGACUCCAGCUUUGCCCCUGCAGGAAUCACUUCUGAGUGAAAGCACCCAGAAUGCAGACAUGUAUUGGACCAACACCUUUUUCGCUCUAGAGUCUGAUGUGGAUCUGACAACUCUUCGAGCAGCGUGGAAUGAGCUCGCGUCUGAGACUGAUGCGUUGCGAGCAGCUUUCGUGCCCAUCGCGAGGUUCCCAAAGCAUCCCAGCAUCAAUGCCACCUUUCUGCAAGUCAUUUUCAAGGACAGGGCUGUUGACUGGAUAGAACAGGAGGGGUGUAAAGGCUCGCUCCAGCAACGUGCAGCACACCGUGCUAAAGGAAUUGCAAACCGACAUCAGGUGGAGAAUUUUUCAAUCCCGCUAUGGGCUGUGACUAUCUUCCAUACCGGCAUUCAGAGGGUGAUGAUGUUCACUAUUCAUCAUGCUAUCCGCGAUGAACCAUCAUUUGAAUAUAUUAUGCAGGAUUUGAGUCAGAUAUACUCAAGGCCAAACCAACUCGAUACUUUCCAUAGCCGUCAUCAGCUGCGUGAUGCCCUGAGUAUCCUCUCGUUACAGGAUGAUCAGAGGGAGCAGGACACCGCAUUCUGGACAGAAACACUUUCUGACUACUCUCAUCAAGAAGACACAAAAACUUUGCCUGACCUCUCAAACCACAAAUCGGCUACUGGCUUCAUCAAUCACGCAUGGGAUAUGAGCAAGCCUUAUCACGAACUGCAGACUCAAGCGUUCGCUAUUGGUGCUUCUUCAGUAGCAUCACUACUCCGCAUCACAUGGGGCAUAAUCCUGACCGAAUAUCUCGGGGCUGACAGGGUCGUGUUCGGAGAGACAUGGUCCGUUCGUAGCGAAGCAGCAGCUUUAGCCGAUGUCGUUGGUCCACUGAUAUCCGUUGUGCCUGUGCCACUGAAAAGGCAGGGUACUGCACAGGAGGUGCUGAGGGAUCAAGCUGCUUUGCAACGUGCGUCGAAGUCGCAUCUUGGUAUUCAUCCGCUAGUUAUAAGGCGGAUACUUGAGAGGUCGGAGACGGAGGCGCUCUAUCCUGCCGUGUUCAAUUUUAUUCCGGAUAUGGAAGUGGCUGAGGGUGGCGAUGACCAGAAGUCUGCGCCAUGGCAGCGGAUUGAGGAUAUGAUUAGUCUAUCGGUUGAGCAUUCAGUAGCCCUCAAUGCUUCUAUGACUAUGGACGGGAAGCUAGCACUCGAUUUGGUGGCAGAUCGUCAGGUUUUGGACGCGGCACACCUUGCUGUUCUUGCCAGACAAAUCGAAGCAUUGACUUAUGCUAUCUUUGAGCACCCCGACAUACCAGUCAACGAUUUGAGGUCAUAUAUGCCAGAAAAUCUGCUCUCGAUCUCCAUAGGCGAUGGAGUGGGUGCGCACAACCCUGCUUUCGAUGUCAGUCCUUGUCAUUGGGUGGAUCAUUUCGCUACAAUCGAACCCGCUUGGCCAGCCGCUGAGGUAGCUGAAAGUAUCCAGGAAAGCAAUAUGGUCUCCAAGUUGUGGAGCUAUGGAGAGCUUCAACGUGCGUAUCGCCGUGUUCACAGUCUGAUUCAGAAUUACGGCUGUGGUGGAAAAAUGAUCGCAGUAUGUUUGGAGCGCCGACUCGAUGUGUAUGCAGUGAUCCUCGGCAUUCUCAGCUCUGGUAGCACAUAUUUGCCCAUUGCUGAAGACCUGCCGAGUGAGCGGAAGAUGUAUUUGCUGCAAGAUAGCAAUGCGGCAAUGCUGUUCACAUCUAAGUCUCAAGCAGAUGCUUUUACGACCUUGCCAGAUGGCUGUAUCAUCAUUGAUGUUGACGACCUUGACUACUCCAUUCAAGGCGAGCCUGUGACCCUUUUCGCAGCAAAAUCAUCGGAUGAUGCGUAUCUGCUCUAUACAUCAGGCUCUACAGGCAAGCCGAAGGGUGUCCUAGUCAGUCGCGGUAACCUCAAUUCUUUUACAGAAGCUGACUCAAUAUUCAUCUGUGCCCACGUACAUAACAUGUCACAGCUGCAGGGGAAGGGCAAAUACCUCGGUCUCGCAAGCUACGCCUUUGAUGUCCACCUCAAAGAGAUGUUCACAGCGUGGCGGCAUGGAAUGGCCACAGUGACAGCACCUCGUUCCUUACUACUUGACGGCCUCGAAAUGGCGCUCCGCGCCCUCAAGAUUACGCAUGCAAGCUUUGUUCCCUCUCUGAUCGAUAGCGUUGGUCUGCAGCCUUCCACACUGCCUGAUCUGCGAUACCUCACUGUCGGUGGCGAAAUGAUUUCGAAACGCGUCAUUGAUACCUGGGCUGGCCACCCUCGUGUGACGCUCGUCAAUGCCUACGGACCUACAGAGGCGACCAUAGGCUGCUGUUUCCAGAAAGUCGCGCCUAGUAUGAGUCUCAGAAAUAUUGGUCCUCCUCUGUCUUUCACUAAAGCUCAUGUACUGCAACCCGAUACUCUGGACUACACACUUCGUGGCACAGCGGGCGAGCUCUGCCUCACUGGUGAUCUCGUAGCCAACGGGUACCACAACCGGCCUGAUGCCAAAGGCUUUGUCGACGAAUUCAGAGGCGAGAGAAUGUAUCGUACAGGCGACAUUGUGAGGCUUAUGGCAGAUGGCUCACUAGAUUUUCUAGGCCGAGGUGAUGACCAGACAAAAGUGCGCGGCCAGAGACUCGAGCUCGGAGAAGUCUCAGAAACCGUGAGAACAGCUGCGACAUCAACACUGAAGGCUAGAAACGUGGAUGUCGCGGCCAUCGUUGCCGAACAUAUCUCGAUGCCUAAACCUCAGCUGGUUGUGUUUGUAGCUUCUCGGCAGACGAUCAAUGGGGAGAAAAUUGCCGUUACUUCAUUUUCGGAUGACAGAAUCGUUGACGAGAUCCGGUCGAUAUGUCGCAAGACCCUGCCUGCUUUCAUGGUCCCGGACCACAUCAUUCCUCUCACAAGACUUCCUGUCGCCAUUGUAUCCCGGAAAGUGGAUGCGAAGCGGCUCACUGCUUUAUUCGCCGAGAUCCCAAUCGAGAGUCUUCUCAGCAGCAAAUCUUCGAUCACAUUGGAUGAUAGACCGCUGAAUGAGACCGAGCGGAAACUCGCGGACAUCGUGACGAGCACACUUGACGUCAAAGACACAAAGUUGAGCCCAACAACGAAUCUAUUUCAAGUCGGACUUGACAGUCUCAGUGCCAUCAGCCUAACUAUCAAACUGCAGAAGCUUGGUCUCGAUUGUAGCGUUACGUCAGUCAUGAAGCAUCCGCUCAUAGAACAACUUGCGCUUUUGCCUCAGAAGGAUCUCAGCAUCAAGAAAUCCCAUGCCGUUCUCGAAGAGCUCAGUGAUUUGGAAUCGAGGUUUUUAGAGCAGCAUGCAUCACAAUAUGAGCAAACGCCCAUACGCGCUGUCAGACCUUGUCUGCCUCUGCAGGAAACAUUGGUGGCCAGCUCGUUCGCUCAAACAAGUCAGGCGCUCUACGUGAAUCAUGUGGCUCUGCAGAUAUCAGAGGAUGUAGACUUGCAGAGGCUGCGCAAAGCGUGGCAGGAUACUGUAACGAAUCAUGAUAUUCUCAGGACUUGUUUUGGGGAGUUUGAAAAUCACUUCGUGCAAAUUGUCCUUCAAGAUUGCCAAUUUCAUUGGACGGACAUUAUUGUUCCAGCGUCAGAGGACUUGUUGCCCGCUCUCAAGGAGAGGGAGAGCGAGACUUCUUUGGCUCUUUUAGAACGUUUGACAGAUCAGCCUCCAUUACGAUUCCAUUUGGCAAUGUCACAGGCUCUUGACAAAGAUGCGAUGCUGUUAGUAUCUAUACACCACGCACUCUAUGACGGAGAAUCUUUCCCCAUGAUACUUGACGAAGUGUAUUCUCGCUAUCAGUCCCUUGGUCUGCAGCCUCGAACCACCUUCUCCCAGCUGGUAACACACGUGUGGGCUCAGAGCAAGCAAGAGGCAAAGAACUUUUGGACAAGAUACUUAAAUGGCUACAAGCCAACUACCCUCCAAGCAUCUGCCGGCGAAGCUUCGACUCGAGAGAUUGCGCGAUCGUCCACCACCAGACUCGCACAGAUAGAACAGCUUGCUGCUUCAAUGAAAGGCACACCCGCAUCCCUUCUCCAAGCAAUCUUCGGCAUCGUCCUCGCCCAGCAUCUGAAUAAGCACGAUGUAGUAUUCGGCACAGUCUACUCAGGCCGUACAAUACCUAUUGAAAACCCGCACACAAUUCUCGCGCCUUGCAUCACAACAAUCCCGCAAAGAGUCACCCUCCGCCACCAGAACCCCUCUAGUAUCUCAGAUGCCAUCUCGACUGCACAAGCCGGUUUCGUCGAGUCCCUCGAGUACCAACAUACAGCCCUCCGCGACAUCCAUCGCUGGGUCAAAGCAGAGAAGCCGCAGUUCGACUGCCUCUUCUCAUAUGUUCAGAAACGGAAGCCUGCGCCUUGGUCACAGCUUUGGUGGGAGAUCGAGAGUUCUGUCCCGAGUGAAUUCCCCUUUGCGUUAGAAGUCGAAGCCGAUGUGGACAGUGACAGCUUUCUGUUCCGCUGUGUCUCUAAAAUAGCUCCAGAUGGUUCAGAGCAGGUAGAGCUAUUUCUGGAGAAUAUGGAUCUUCUUCUCGCAACACUGGCUAGAGGCGAGACGAUCAGAGUGGGCGACUUGGGUGUCAGUGCGUCAGGCGAGGAAGACAUAGAAGAGUACGAUGAAACUACUUGGGGCGAAAGGGAGUUAGUAUUGAGAGACGUCGUCGUGGAGAUCACCGGUCUACCUCCUGACAGCGUCUCCAAGGGGGCGUCUUUCUUCAGUCUCGGCAUCGACUCAAUCAGCGCUAUUCGAUUCGCGAAGACCAGACCGCUCGAUUGA